CAUGCACACAAGUUCUUCCUGUUUCCUCGCGCGGCUGUAAUCUAUUGUGAGCAUCAAGAAUGCAGUUUGAUUAAUGGCAUUAAGAUACCAUUAUAGUAAUACAUUGAUACAUGAUUAAUCAUUUAUGGCGACAUCACCCAGGGAAAGAGAUGCAGUUUACAGGUUGUGAUCUUUGGCUAAUCAGCAUAGAGGGAAGAAAACACAUCACCCACCGAGAGACUGCACAGUCAACAGAGUACACAACAGGAGGGCCAACAUGGUGAUGGACAAGUUUGACGUCACUUCCGGGAAUCAGCUGUUGACGAAGAGCUGUCUCACUGACUAUCUGCUGUUGUAUGAACCGAUCACCUUAAAACGGGAAAUGGAAAGUUCAGCAUGGCAUCUCUCCCUGAAACUCAGUGACAAACCCAAAUCAGUCUUCCAGUUUCCAGACGCUGAACCAGGAGAUGUCCAUCCAGGCAGAUACUUGGUAUCAACACUCAAACAGCUGAUCUCAGCACAGUUACCAGACUCCCUGCCUGACCCUGAUCUCAUAGACUUUGUGCAUUGUGGCUGCAUGCUCAAAGACGAUCUUACGUUAGACUCCUAUGGGAUUAAGUGUGGAUCAACAUUGCAUAUUCUUAAGAAGACAUGGCCAGAACCUGAGGUCAAGCCUGAGCCGGUGAACAGGUCUGUGGCUGCCAGAGAAUUCAGGAUGCUUCAGGCAGCUUUGCACUCCAAUGCAGUGUAUAGAGAUGCGGUGUUCAAGAUGCUGGGUAAUAAAGAAUCUUUGGACCACAUUAUAGUGGCCUCUCCAGGACUCAGUUCAGACCCUGUUGCUUUAGGUGUGCUCCAGGAUAAAGAUCUGUUUGUACAGUUUACAGACCCAAACUUGCUGGACAUGUUGAUCAGAUCCCACCCGGCAUUGGUCAACGCUAUCAUCUUGGUAUUACACUCUGUUACGAGCAGCAUGUCCAACCAAACCAGUGCCAGCUCGUCCCGCAACGUGACGGCCAGUUCUUACAGUGAAAUGCCAGGAGGUUUUCUGUUCGAGGGCAUGUCUGAUGAUGAGGAAGAUUUUCCGUCUGGAAACAGGGCUGGCUCAUCAAGACAACAGAGACCGUCUGCAGGGUCCAGACCGAUGACACUGAGACACAGCGGAGCCACAGGACCCCGUCCCAUCACCCAGAGUGAGCUAGCGUCAGCUCUGGCUUUAGCCAGCACACCCGAGGGCAGUGGAGUCACACCCACACUGGGUGGUCAGGAAAUGUCCUCAGCUGGGCCAUCAGUACCCUCAGGAGCACCCGUCACAAGCAGUCUUCUCAGUCAGGCGAUACAGCAAGCUCUACAGGCAUCUGGUGUGAGCUCAGUACAGGGACGCUGGCAGUCUCAGAUGCAGCGGUUGAGGGAUAUGGGGAUCCAGGAUGAGGAACUUGCACUGCGCGCAUUAACAGCUACGAACGGAGACCUGCAGGCAGCUCUCGAGCUAAUUUUUGCUGGGGGAGGAGUUGUCUAAAGAUUUAACUGAGCCUUAAACUGCUGUAGACUAACUAGGGCUAACAGUUCACUGUUAAUUGCACAUUUACUAUUGCCUUAAUUACUGCUUUUUUUAAUAAACUGUAAUAAUAAACUAUAAUAAGCUUUGGAUUCAAUUAUUAAACCAGGUGUGCAAUUAUUGUCAAUGAUGUAUAGGUUUUAUUAUUUUUAUUUUUUUAAGUGGAAAUACACUUGUGGAGAUUAAAGCAGCUUGUUUGGGCUCUAAUGUAAUGCCAUAGAUGGCCACUAGGUGGCAGAGUAUGACCAUUUAUGGGAUUCAGUCAGUAUUGCGCUUUACACUUGUCCAAGGUGUAAAAAAAAAAUAAAUAAAAAAAAAACCUUAUGCACGUCCAAAAGCAUGCUGUAAAUAGAUUAUCAAUUGACUAACACCACCCAAAACCAAUCCAGAUUUUGGUUAGUAAAAAUAAAUGACCAAGCAAAUCUCUCAGAAAAUGUUGACCAUUAAGAUAUUUUGCAUUGUAACAUUAUUUUCAUGACAAUGAAGCACCAAGUCCAGACAUUCCCUUUUUUAUCAAUAGUGAUAAUACAUUCUGUA